AUGGCCACCAAAGUUACCCCCUCGAUUGCUGUUCCCACGAUAAUAAGACAUGCAACCAAUAUCGAGUCUACAGACUCUACAACGGCCCCCUCUAAGCGUCGUGACGUCCGCCCUUUCUGGCGAGUGAGUCCUCCAUCUAAGGAAGUUGACCUCCUUAAUGGCACUCUGCCUUUCGGCCCCCCUGUAUAUAGUCCUACCACUUCAGCUGAUAGGAACAAAAUACAAACUGAUGAGCCACAUACGCUCGGUGGCUUACUCCCCCCAAAACAUCGCAAGACGCGCUCAGCACUGCCAGUGGAGGCCUUGCUGCCGCCGAUUGGGAAUCCGCCUUUCCAUCCUCCUAAUAAUAACCUUGAUCUAGGGCCAGGGGAUGAUGCCGUCAAUGGGUUACGGGAGAAGAAGGUUGAGGAGGAGGCUAUUGAGGCGGUUUAG